AUGGCUGUCUACUCUAGAGGUGGACUCGAUGCUCACUUUGUUGAACCUCUCAAUGAUCGAUGCGUAUGCCCCAUUUGCCACUCGGCAGCACGAGAACCAAUGCUGACCAAGUGUGGUCACCAGUUUUGCCAGGAGUGCUUGAGGCCCCUCAUUAGGAAUGGUAAUGUGAUGUGCCCAGUGUGCAGGACGAAACUGAAUACAUCUGAAAUGCUUGUAAACAACAUGACGAAACGUGAGAUUCUUAGUUUGAAGAUUUUGUGUGAUCAAUGCGAGAAAGGUUGUAGCUGGCAAGGUGAACUGAGACAGCGUGAUGAACACAACCGGAAAUGUGGCUAUGUUUUUGAAGCGUGCAGCAAUGAUUGUGGAGGAUUGGUAAUGAGAAUGUUCAUGGACUAUCACAAGCAGAAUAAGUGUAAUCGCCGAAUUUUGGGUUGUUGCUACUGUGAUACAGAGCUGGAAUAUAGACUGUUAACUGUUCACUAUGAGAUGUGUGAUAGUUACCCUGUUUACUGUCCUUAUAAGUGUGGAGCGCAGGCUGCUAGGAAAGAUGUGGAAACGCACAUCAGCAGACAGGGUGUAUGCCCCACCAGUCCUCUACAUUGUGAUUUUGCAUCAGCUGGAUGCCAGUUCAUUGGGAAUAGAGAGCAACUGCAAUAUCACUUGGACAAAAACAUAGUCUAUCAUCUUAGUUUGGCUAUGCAAACAGUGAGCAAUGUACAAGAGAGAUUGGAAGAAACAGACAAAGAGUUAGCUGAUGUUAAGAAAACACUGCAACAUACAGAAAGUUUACUGUUGUCUGCAAACUAUGACACAUUCAGAAAAAGUUUGGUUGGUGACUACUUAGAGAAAGAUGAUCAGAAACAACAGUCAGUGGAGUAUGUGAAAGCUUUACUGGAUAAACGGAUCCAAAUUUCAUUCGUAACGGGUAGCACUUUUGUAUACCUGUGGAAGAUAGAGUCACACCAAUUAGCAGGCUUGAAAUGUAAACCAGGUUGUCAUUGGUCAGUUUCAUCUAGCGAAUUCAACAUCAGAGAUCCGGGUUUGCUGCUACAGCUUGAGCUUAAAAUUUCUUGUAUACAAGCUAGGUUUCAUUCACACGCAUUUGAAGCUACGGUGUAUUGGGGUCAACAACAUAAAAAGAAAUUGCUCAAGCCAAACUAUUUGAUGUCAAUUUUUCUGCAUGAUAAUCAUCGUUACAGGUCAAGAAUUGAGAAAGAGAUUGUAUCUAGUUGCCCAUCUGGGUAUACUCGUGGAGAGUUUUGUAGCAAUCUUCGGGGAUUUGGAUACCUACAGGACGUGGUGAUGAGAGAUGGGUUGUUGGUUGUCUUUGAGUUGCAAUCGAAAGUCUAACCCUGUAUUAUCAACUUUGUUGCCUGCAAGCUUUACAAGCAUCUAGGAGAUGGGAGCUUUGUAAUUGGUGGACAGUUAUGAUCAUUUGAUUUGACAGCAAUAGUUAACUUAGCUCUCUUGUGCUGGAUGCAGGAGUUUAUACUGUUAUAUGUAUUGGGGGAUUGUACCAUUUACUUGGUGUAAGACAUGCAGUUGCUGUUGUAA